AAUUUUUUUGACCGGUGACGUCGUGAAAUUAAUGCUACAAAGCGGUGUAAUAAGUCUGCAGGGUUAGAACUUCAUCCACAGUAACUUUGUUGGAAAAGCAGGCUGAAGACAUUAAAGACAUUAAGGCUUUACUGAUUAAUGUGAAACAAAGGCCGGAUGGUAGGAAGGCUCCAAAUUUCAGUGCCAUUCCAAAAUUACCCCUCGACAACGAGGUAGCACUGGCGGAGUUUGAAUCUUGGCUCGAGGUGGAUUCAAAUCGCGAAUUACUGGUUGAAUAUUUGGCAUUUUCAACUGCGACACAGAUCGAGGCGAGCACUAGAAAAAUCUUGAAAAAAUUAUUUACGAAUGAAUUUGGCAGGCGAAUUAAUUUUACGGGUAAAGGAAACAAGACAUCGAUGAAAAACCUAAAACUAUUGGAAGUCGUAAAAGAAACCGUGCGAAACGUCUUUACAGUUGAGUCCGUUCCCGAUCCCAAAAAUCCCAGCGGCCGUAUUCUCACUGAUGAUAUAAUUCAAACUGCAGCAAUGAAUUGGUUUCGUUCUUCAAAAGGUAGGUGCAACGACGACGCUCCCUCGGGAAUUGCAUCAUAAUCAUGGAUCGAGAUGGAAAAUCACCGAGAAACAUUAGGCGAAUAAUUGCAAAACGGGUUAGAGAGAAUCUCACUCGUGCAAAAAACAUACCUGCUAUUAGUAAUAAUCUUGUAAAUUUAGAUAUAUGUGAUUCUGUCGUUGAGGAUAGCGAUUCAGGUAGUAAUAUUAGCAAUAAUGAUAGAAGCAGUAAUGUUAUCCAUAAUAGUGACGAGCCAUUAGUUUCCGAUUCACUAAGCGACAAUGGUGUAGUAGAAAAUAAUAGGAAUAUUUUAGAUUUAACACGGGACUUGAGGGACUGGUCGCUUCGACAUAACAUAACGGGAGUAGCUUUAAACGAUCUUCUACGCAUAUUUAACUUUUAUCAAGAAUUUAGAUUUCUUCCAUUGGAUAGUAGGACAUUGCUUAAAAACUCAAUUAAAUACUCUAUGAAAACUAUCGGUCAGGGUCAAUAUGCACACUUUGAUGUUAUUCAAAAUAUAAAACGGCAAAUAGAUUCCAAUUGUAUUCUUGCUUCUGGUAGCGAAAUUAAAUUAAACCUUAUAUUUAGUUUUGAUGGAUUGCCCAUUUCUAAGAGUAACAGUAACCAGUUUUGGCCAAUUCAAGCAAAGUGUGAAGAAAGUACGUACGGCGUAUUUGUCGUGGGUUUAUUUUAUGGCAAGACAAAACCAGAAAGUAUUGACGAAUACUUGAUGGAUUUGAUAGCAGAGUUAAAAAGUUUGCGAGUUGGGAUUAGUUACAAUAAUUUGAAAAUAUUUUGUAAGGUUUCAAAAAUAAUAGCUGAUGCGCCAGCCAGGAGUUUUUUAAAGCAACGUAAAAGUCAUAAUGCAUACAAUGGAUGCGAGAAAUGUAUAGAUCCAGGUUUCUGGAAGGGACGUGUAAUUUUCAGAACAUUCGAUAGUCCACUUAGGACAGAUCAAGAUUUUUAUGUUCAAAAAGAUAAACACCACCAUGUAGGCAUUUCCCCGUUUACGGAGCUUAAAAUUUUGAUGAUUUCUUCGGUUCCUCUUGACUACAUGCACCUCAUUUGCUUAGGUGUGGUUAGAAAAAUAUUAAGAAGUUGGGUAAAAGGUCCAUUGCCAUUUAAAUUAUCUUCUCGUGAUAUUUCAACUUUAUCAAGUAAAUUAGUAUUAUUUUCGCAUAGUUGCCCUAAAGAAUUUUGUCGUAAGCCGAGGUCAGCAAAAGAGUUAGAUAUGUGGAAAGCGACAGAGUUUAGAACUUUUCUUCUUUAUACAGGACCCGUCGCUUUAAAAGGAUUAUUGUCGCCGAAAAAGUAUACACAUUUUUUAAAUCUUUGCGUAGCAGUCACGAUUCUUAUAACUACCAAGGCGCAAGCAAAUAAUUGGAACGAUUAUGCACGACAGCUUUUAUUGAAGUUUGUUAAAAAUGUUCCCAAUUUAUAUGAAGAAGAGUUCUUAUCAUAUAAUAUGCAUUCCCUUAUACAUAUUAGUGAUGACGCUUUAAAGCAUGGCCCGUUAAAUUCUUUCAGUGCUUUCGAUUUCGAAAAUAAUAUGCAAGUAAUAAAGCGCUCGCUACGAGCUCACUAUAAACCUUUUGAGCAAACUGUGAAUCGCACUGCUGAGAGAGAAAAUCAUAAGUACCAGUCCCCUGUGAAUUUAAAUAGACACUGUAUUAUAAAAUCGAACGGAAAGGAUCAUUGUUUUAUAUUAAAGGAUGGGAAAGUAGUUGUUAUAAGUAGUAUAAGUAAAGAUAAAAAACAUAUAAAUUGUAGAAAAUUCAAACACUCGGACAACUUGUUCACUUGUCCGUGUGAAAGUAAAAUUUUAGGGAUAAUUAAAGUUAGCAAAUUAUCAAAUAGCGUAACCAUAAUAGGUAUUAAUGAUAUUGAUAAGAAAUGUUGGUUACUCCCGUCGGAUAAAAUAGAUGAAAACAUUUGCAUUCCCUUGUAUAAUGUAACAAUAUAAUUUUUGUUAUGAAAUAAAUGAUUUUGAUAAAAAUUAA